AUGCCGAGAAAAUCUGAAAAAGUAAAGCCUGGUGUGAGGAAAUAUGGAAAGAAAAGUAAUUACACGCCUGAGAUUCUUCAAGAAGCUAUUGAAAAAAUAAAAUCAGGAGCCAUAUCGCGAGUAGGUGCAGCCAAAUUAUAUAAAAUACCCCCUGUGACAUUAUUUUAUAAAUUAAAAGAAAAGCAUGAUAAUAAUGUGGGUAGACCUAAAAUAUUUACUGAUGAAGAAGAAAACACUUUUGUUUCACAUCUUCUCAUGAUGGCCGAUUUGGGUAUUCCUUGCAGUAUGUUAGAUUUUCGAGUAAUUGUACGUAAUUAUUUGACAAAGAACAACAAAAUUGUACCUCAAUUUAAGGAUAACAUGCCGGGCUAUGAAUGGGGUACAUUAUUUUUAGAGAGACAUCCUGAGAUAAAAGAAAAAGUAGGACAUAAAAUUCCUAGAAAGAGAGCCCAAGUAAAUCGAGAACAAAUUGACGAGUUUUUUCGCAAUAUUAAAGCAGAAAUAGAAGGAGUUGCACCUAACAAUAUUUAUAAUAUGGACGAAACAGGUUUUCACGACGAUCCAGGUAAGAAGAAGCUAUUAUUUCAUAGGGAUUGUCGCAAUCCUGAGAUAGUUAAAAACUCAUCGAAAUCCUGCUACACUGUCAUAUUUUGCGGCAAUGCCAAUGGUGAUAUGAUGCCACCAUUUUUUGUUUUCAAAGGCAAAAAGUUAUGGUCGGACUGGUUAUUUCAAGCUCCAUCUGGUUCCAGAAUGUCAGUUUCACAAUCUGGAUGGAUUGAUCAAUCAAUUUUCGAGGAUUGGCUGGAAAACCACUUUUUGCCUUACGUUGACAAGGAUGACGGUAAAAAAAUAUUGCUCUGCGAUAACUUGAGUGCACAUAUUUCUCCGAAAGCAUUGCGUUUGUGUGAAGCUCAUAAUGUAGCUUUUAUAUGCCUGAUUCCUAACUCUACUCAUUUACUACAACCUCUGGAUGUGGGCUAUUUUUCUCCCCUUAAAACUGCAUGGCGUAAAGUGUUAGAUAGCUAUCGUAAUACAAGUAGAGGGAAAAAAGUAUUAGCUUUGCCAAAGUCUCUGUUUGCACAGCUUAUAAAAACUACUUUGGAAAAUAUCAAAGUCACUUCAGCUGAAAACAUGAAAGCAGGUUUUAGGAGCUGUGGGUUGUACCCUUUUUCUCCACAAACCGUUUUAAGCAAACUGCCUACAUAUACAUCUCAAACAGAAGUACGAGAAUCAGUAGCCGAAAGUUUUGUUAACUUUAUAGAAGAAGUCAGGCAAUCUGAUCUAAAUGUGCUAGGGAAAGCAAGAAAAUUUCAGUUGCCUGUGACAGCAGGAAAAAGCGUUUCAGCCGAAGAAGUGGAAGAGUAUCAGAAAAAUAGAGAAAAAGAAAAUAAAGGAAAACCAGUGACUGAGGGCAAAAAAAGAGGCAGGCCUAAGGGAUCUACAAAUAAAGGUAAAGUUAACAAAAAAGCUAAAGUAUCAGAACAAGAAGCUUCAAAUAGUGCACAGAAUGUUGACUCUGCUAAUAAUGGUAUUGAGAGUGAGCUACAGAAAACUGAAAGACGGGAUCAAGUUGUCUGUGCUGAGAUACAUCAAUAUGAAUCAAGAAUAAAAGAGUCUAAAAACCUAGAAGAUAUUUCCAUAAAUUUAGAUACAGAAAAAAGCCAUGAUAUAAAUAAGUUGCAUGCACCAGUAAUAACAGAAACCGUGGAGGAAUACCCACUAACGGAAGAUCACUUCUUGGAACUGGGCGAUGAGAUCACUAUAGAACCUCAUUCAUCACCAGAUGUAGUGGAGGACUUUAUAGUGCAUUUAGAUGACACAUUGAUAAAAGCAGCAAACCAAACUAGCAACCAAAAUGACAACCAGCCAUUGGAGGGUUCUUAUUGUGUAUUCAACGUCGAAGGCAGUUUGUUUCCAGGUCGCAUUACCAAGAUUACUGAUUGCCAAAUUACUCUCAGUCUCCCACAAAAAAAAAUUUCUGGGGGUUGGACAUGGCCAUCAAAAAUUGAUAUUCAUCAAAUAGAUAAAAAAGAAAUUAUACAUAUGUUGAAUGAUGACCAGAUUAUUAGAAGUGGCAGUAAAUUUAAAAUUAAUGACGACAUUUUGUUUAUGGAAUGGGGAGAGUAG